UUAGGUGGUGAGUUGAUCCUUGUUCCUAAAUUUUAAUAUUGAUCCCCCUCUUCCUUAUAAUAAAGUUUCACUCUUUCACAACUUUUCAUGAAAAUGAAGCAGCCAGCAACAAUAUAAUUUUUUGUAUGAAAUUCAAGCAAGUUCUGCUCCCCAAAACCCCUUUCCAUCGAAAGUAGCGAAGUAAAGGUCUUCUUCGCGAGAUCCAAUCCCUCUAACCUACCGGUAAAAUCAGGCAGCCUUCCUUGCUUGUUCCCCUCCUUUCCUGCUCUCCUCCUCAAAACCCUACAAGCUACCUACACUUAAAAUUCUCUCUUUCUUCCUCCAUACUGCAUAAUCCUCAGAAAUGGAUUCCCUUGCGGCCAUACGAGUGAAAAUUUGAGACGAGGGAGACAUCUCUGAGAUUAUUGCCAAGAAAAAAAAUAUAUUCCAUAAAUAGGUGUAGGUCUGGCUUCCCCUUCAGAGUUUAGUUAGAUCUCUCAAAAGCCAACCAUCAUAAGCUAGAGUGGAAGAUUUGCUUUCAAUUCCUUAGAAACCCAAUUCAGAGAAGGGAUCGGAAGACUGAAUCAGUAAUUAACGAGCAGAUACUGCAAGGAGAAAAAGGUGGAAUAUGGCAUCAUCAUCCAAUUCCCCAUGUGCGGCAUGUAAGUUCUUGAGGAGAAAAUGCCAGCCAGAGUGCGUUUUUGCACCCUACUUCCCACCUGAUCAGCCCCAAAAGUUUGCCAACGUCCACAAGGUAUUCGGCGCAAGCAACGUCACAAAACUGCUCAACGAGUUGCACCCAUCCCAGCGUGAGGACGCUGUCAAUUCACUAGCAUACGAGGCAGAUAUGCGCCUCCGUGACCCUGUCUAUGGCUGCGUUGGAGUCAUAUCUCUCCUUCAGCACCAGCUCCGCCAGCUGCAAAUGGAUCUGAGCUGUGCCAAGUCUGAACUUUCCAAGUACCAGAGCUUGGGCAUCACCGGCCACGCUGGCCUCAUUGCGGCGGCAGCAGCUGCAGCCACAGCCACGGCCAACACCCAUCAGAACUUGGGGAUCAAUCUGAUCGGCAGCGGUGGUGGAGGAGGUCGGGAACAUCAUUACCACCACCAGUUCUUCCCACGGGAUCAUCAGCAGCAGAUGAUAAGGAGCUUUGAUGCAGGCAGUAACUAUGAUGCAAGCCUUCUAGCCAUGAAUGUUUCUGCAGGAAUUGGUCAACUCAGUCAGUACCAACAACCUAGAGCGGCUGCUGGAGAUGACCGCCGUACCAUUGAUCCCUCCUAGGGUUAGGGUUUCCUUACUUCCUAAUCAUCACAGGUCUUGGUCUUAAUUUCACCUAAAGAUUCAGCCUUGAGAGAAAUUAAGAGGGAGACUGUUGUUUUAUUUUAAUUUAUUGAUAAUUAAAAUAGUGUCUCUUCUCCUUUUUUCGAUUUUCAUAGACAUUUUUGCCAUAUCUCGAUGUGUAGUUAGAUGCACUCUUCUCUAUAUAUCCACUAGUUUAAUUUCAUCAUGUUA